AUGGCUGAGCAGAUGGUUCUUCGUGGUACCCUUGAGGGCCACAAUGGCUGGGUUACUUGCCUGGCUACCUCUCUGGAGAACCCCAACAUGCUGCUCUCUGGCAGUCGCGACAAGACCCUGAUCAUCUGGAACCUUACCCGCGAUGAGCAGGCCUACGGUUACCCCAAGCGCAGCCUCGAGGGUCACUCCCACAUCGUCUCUGACUGUGUGAUCUCCUCUGACGGCGCCUACGCUCUGUCCGCCUCUUGGGAUAAGUCCCUCCGCCUGUGGGAGCUCGCCACCGGCAACACCACCCGCACCUUCGUUGGCCACAACAACGACGUCCUCUCCGUCUCCUUCUCCGCCGACAACCGCCAGAUCGUCUCCGGUUCUCGUGACCGCACCAUCAAGCUGUGGAACACCCUCGGUGACUGCAAGUUCACCAUCACCGACAAGGGCCACGCCGACUGGGUCUCCUGCGUUCGCUUCAGCCCCAACCCCCAGAACCCCGUCAUCGUCUCCGCUGGCUGGGACAAGCUCGUCAAGGUUUGGGAGCUCGCUUCUUGCCGUCUCCAGACCGACCACAUCGGUCACACCGGUUACAUCAACACUGUCACCAUCUCCCCCGAUGGAUCCCUGUGCGCCUCCGGUGGCAAGGACGGCACCACCAUGCUCUGGGAUCUCAACGAGUCCAAGCACCUCUACUCCCUCCACGCCGGCGAUGAGAUCCACGCCCUCGUCUUCUCCCCCAACCGCUACUGGCUCUGCGCUGCCACCAGCAGCUCCAUCACCAUCUUCGACCUCGAGAAGAAGAGCAAGGUCGAUGAGCUCAAGCCCGAGUUCGUCGAGAAGAGCGCCAAGGCCCGCGAGCCCGAGUGUAUCUCUCUCGCCUGGUCCGCUGAUGGCCAGACUCUGUUCGCUGGUUACACUGACAACAAGAUCCGUGCCUGGGGUGUCAUGUCGAGGGCAUAG